AUGCCCCAGGGAUGUGCUUCUUGGCAGCGGACUGCGCUAAUGAUUGCAGCACGUCAUGGGCAGCACGAUGUGGUCGUCCGUGCUCUCGAAACUUCUUGUUCCCAGCCUCAGCUGGAUGUGGUGGACGAGCACGGCAACACAGCUGUCAUGAUUGCUGCUCGUGAGGGCCAUCAAAAGGUCGUGGAAGCCAUAGUUGCAGCAGGGGCGGAUCUCUCGAUUAAAAACCUUGCCGGCCAGACGGCAGCUGAGCUUGCCAAAACAGAAGAGAUCCGCGCCGUCAUCGCGAAAGGAGAAGCGCAAGCAGAGGCGAUCCUGAGGUCUAUCCUUGCGAUGGGUAGUAUGGAUGUGACGGAAGCUUCGGGAAGCAAGUCAUCUGGCUUUGGCGCAGCAGGCCUUUCGCAGCUACCCAAAGAGCUGGCCGCACUUGCUGCGGGUAUGGAUGUCAAGCUCUGUGCCGAGAGUCCAUUUUGA